AUGUAUGUCAUAGUUUUGUUUUGUGAGCAGCAACAACAACAAGCACAACACAUUCAACACACCAGCAGAACAGAACAGAGCAUCAACCAAACAAAGUUAGUAAUAGUAGCAGCAGCAGCAGAUACAACAGGUUUGCAUUGCACCUGCACAGUUGAUUUGUUUUCAACAAACGGUGUUAUCAUCAUAACUCAACUUCCACCUCUGGUAGAAUCGGGUGAGAUUGAUAUAAGUCAAAUUAAAUCGAAUAACUUUUCAAAGAACAACUCUUCGUCGUCAUCGUCGUCAUCGUCAUCGUCAUAUAGAAAGCGCUCAAGAAGUCGGGAUGGUGGCAGAAGAUCAACGAGAAGAUCCACGAGAAGUAGAAGCAGAAGUAGAAGUAGAAGUUGGAGUAAGAGUCCAUCGAGAGCUUGGAGCAGAAGUAGAAGCAGAAGUAGAUCGUCGUCUCGCUCCAGAUACAACAGAUCGAGACGCGAAAAACGAUACACUACCAAUCGUAGUAGCAACAGAGAUAACAAGAGAAGAGCUACCGGUAGCUACCACCACGAGGCCAGAAGUAGAAGCCGCAGCAGAAGCAGAAGUCCAAGUAGACACCUGCAGCAGCAAUACAAAAAGUCGAGAAGUAGCUCCAGUAGCACCAGCAGAUCCAGAAGUAGAGUCAGAAGCAUGAGUAUCAGCAGAAGUAGAAGCCGAUCUCCACUCUACAAAAGUAGUAGUAAUAAUAACAGUAAUAUUGGUAAUUAUAGAUCAAAGAAAAAUAGUAGAUCUCCUUCUCCACAAAAGAAGUAUAAUAACAAUAAUAGUAAUAACUAUCAUAACAAUAAUCAUCAUCAUCAUCAUAACAAUAAUAAUAAUAAUAAGUCAUUGAAUAAUAACAACGACCAAUCAUCUUUAAAUAAUAGUAACAAUAACAUUCACCUUCAUCAUAAUCAUCACCAACAACCACAACAACAACAACAAGAAAAGGUAACUCUGAGUAACGGCAGUACAGCUACCAUUGUUGUUUUGCAAUCGUCAAAUGUAGAUACUUACCAACAACAAGCUGGAAGACACCACCGUAGCACACCUACCAGCGACAACAGCACACCCGAGAAUGUCUCACCAAUAGACCCCUCGUCACCGUCGUCCAGCCAUCACCAUAUGUCAACCCUAUACAACCGCCAAAUUAUAAAUAGUCUUCAAUCAAUCAACGAAAAUAAUUCACUUGAACAUAAACAACAAAAACAACAACUACAACAAUUAAAACAACAUGAAUCGUCAAACACAACAGCUAAUCAUCAACAACAACAACAACAACUAACACCAUCACCAAUGCAAACUUCAUCACCAUCUUCACCAGUCACCAAAAUCACCAAUCACAAAUCAUUUUCCGUUCAAACUUCACCAUCGAUAUCAUCGCUCUCGCCACCAAGUCCGAGAAGCAGACAACAACCACCAUCGUCACCGGCUGCCAUACGAUCACCACCUCCACUCCAUAGUGGUGGAAAAGAAGAAAAGGAAAUCUCUUUUUUCGAAAAAAUACAAAUGGAACCGUCACUGGCGGCAACAGACAACAUCAAAAAACAAGCAUAUCCAAAGUUUACAAUUUUACAACGAGAACCAAUCGACACUAGAGGUAUGAAAAAAUUCAAAGCCUUGCUAUGUGGUGAUGGUUGGACCACCAAAAACGAUUCAUCUCGCGAGCCACUACUACAUUGGCAGUAUCACGAUACUUCUCCACCUUCCGACCCAAGAGUUCAUCGAAACUACAUCAAUGUACGUUAUAUCUUUGAUUGA